AUGGAUUCCUCAUCUCUUCAACAAACACCGGAUCUCUCAAAGUUGUCGGACAGAGACAAGCAGGAAUUGCAACAAUUUAUUGUUAAUGAGACGCAGAAGGCUAGGAUUCAACAAUCCGUUCACUCCCUCACUGACGUCUGCUGGAAGAAAUGCGUCACGGGCAGUAUCCGCAGCGGCAAGCUGGAUAAGAGUGAAGAGAGCUGCACGAUGAAUUGUGUGGAGCGGUUUUUGGAUAGUAGUAUGGCGGUGAUUACGCAUUUGAAUACUAUGAGGGCGAAUGGGGGGGCUUAG